AUGGAACAGCCUCUCACUAGCCAAAGUACCUGUGCCCAGGUCGUGGAAAAAUCAGUCGAACAUCCUCUUGCAGCUGAAGAUUUCUGGAAGGAAUACCUGAAAGGAGUCGAUGCGCCGCACUUUCCCCAAUGUCCGGACUCGAGUCAAACAGUCUCAUCGAGUGAGACUCUAAAAAGGCCUUGUCAUAUCACAAAUCAACUCAACACCCGCGAAGCCUUUCAUUCAGCAAUUCUGUUGGCAUGGGCCCUCACCCUCUCGCAGUACACCGACUCCGAGGAAGUUGUCUUCGGCCUGGUUGCCUCGGGCCAGGAUGUUCUCGCUCGCGAUAUCGAGAACAAGAAGCUCCCUAUAACACCAUUUCGAACCCACAGUCGGCCGCAUGAGCUCGCGCAGGAUGCCCUGUCUCGGAUUCGAUUACAACAGGCGCAGAUUCUUCCAUAUCAGGAGGCAGGUUUGGAGACAAUUCGCGGUCUCAGCACGGAUACCGCGAAAGCGUGUCAGUUCCAAAACGUAUUAUCCAUCGUGUCUCAACAGGGUCCGGACGCAGGCGGUGGAUGUGACUCUUGCCUGAGACCAGUCGGGAACUACCCGUUGACGGUACUUUGCGAGAUGGACGGCCCAUGUUGCUUGGUGAUGGUUAAGGCAUUGUUUGACCCGCAAAUCAUCAUGACGGCUCAUACGCGCUGGGUACUCGAGCAAUUUACUCAUAACCUGCGCGGGAUCUUGUUGCACCAAGAGAAAACAUUAGGGGCUGUCAGCGAAGCCUGUCCUGAGCACCUGGGAAUUCUCAGUUCUUGGAAUUCGCAAGUUCCUGACAGAAUAGAGCAGGGUGUGCACGAACUAAUCUUGCAGAAUUGCGCCGCACGUCCAAACGCCACAGCGGUCUCUGCAUGGGACGGUGAACUUACUUACAAAGAGCUUGACGACUUGUCCUCCUCCCUAGCAACUCGCCUGCAGCAGCUCUCUGUUGGCCCUUCUUCCUACGUUCCAGUAUACUCGGAAAGAUCGAGGUAUGUUCUGGUUGCCAUACUGGCAAUCAUGAGAGCGGGAGGCGCUUUUCUCCUCCUUCCAGAUUCCCAACCACUCAGUCGAGUGAAAGAGCUAUGCAGAAGAGUCCAAGCCCAGGUUGUACUGGCCUCUUAUAGCUGUGAACAACGGCUAUCACAAUCGGGGUUGCCAGUGAUCACCCUAGACGGAGACAUUGGACAGGGCUUUGAAAAUGGGAGCCCUGUGUCCGUGUCAGUAAGCCCCGACGAUCCGGUGUAUAUUGUGUUUACAUCAGGGAGUACUGGUACCCCGAAAGGCGUGGUGAUGGGGCAUUCUGCGCUGGCCACAAACGCCGUCCGUUUAGCAAAAGAGUUGGGCUGCAACUUCAAGUCGCGCUGGCUGGCCUGCGCCUCCUUCGCCUUUGAUGUGAGCGUCAUGGAAUUGAUGUUUCCAUUGGUUCAGGGCGCCUGUGCCUGUGUGCCAGGAGAAUCCCAACUGUCCAACGACCUCGAACAGGCCAUCCAAGACUUUCAAACAGAUAUCAUAUCCUCGACCCCAUUGCGAAUGCGAAGCGUCAGCCCUGAGAAAGUUCCAAUGAUCCGGACGCUGAUGGUAGGAGGAGAGGGUCUGCUCCAGGACGACAUCAAGCAGUGGGCUCCUCACCUAAACUUUGUGCAAGCCUAUGGUCCAGCGGAGUGUUGCGUGGUGAGCAGUAAAACCACGGUGAAGUAUAACUCAGAACCGAGCAACCUGGGGAGUGGGAUAAACUGCAAUCUGUGGGUCAUCGACCAUCAAGAUCCCGGGAAACGGGUGCCGAUUGGGUGUCCGGGCGAGCUGCUCAUAGAAGGUCCCCUGGUUGGUCAGGGCUACCUGAAUGACCUGGAGAAAAGCGCUGCAAGCUUUGUGCAGCCGCCGGCCUGGCUGCAACAGAUGCGUGGUGAAAAGGCCAAAUGCUGCUACAGAACUGGAGAUAUAGUGGCAUAUAGUCCCAUAGGAGAUGGAUCGGUCAAGUUUAUUGGUCGGAAGGAUAACCAAAUAAAACUUAGAGGGCAGCGCAUGGAGCUGGGCGAGGUCGAGGCUCAUUUGCGCACCGCACUGCCGGACGCUUCAUCGGUCGUCGUCGAUAUCAUUAACCCGGAAAAUGCCGAUGACCAAAAGGCUCUCACAGCAUUUAUUCUGCAGAAGGCCGUCGUGACUGACUCCGACAAUGAUCUUUUCGCUCCUGUAGGGGACCCCAACUUUGCAUCGACAGCCAACAUUGCAAGCCAAUAUCUUCAGGCCCGCCUCCCUGCGUACAUGGUUCCUACUGUGUUUUUGCCUGUUAGACGAAUGCCUAGCACCACAUCCGAUAAAUUAGACCGACGUCUUCUCAGGCAGAGAGCGUCAAAUCUUCCGAGACGAACUCUUCAGGAAUACCGCACGCAAGCCAGCUCAAUCCAAAGACCCACAAAUAAGUCAGAGGAAAUCGUGCAGGAAAUGGUUGCGACAGUGCUGAAGCUAGAAGCAGCCAACAUCAGCAUGGAUGAUGACUUUUUCUACCUUGGAGCGGAUUCGAUGCAUGUCAUGCGUUUAGUCAAAUCGGCUCGAGAGAGAGACAUAACCCUCAUGUCUGCCGACGUGUUCCACUUCCCCCGAUUGAAAGAUAUCGCAGAGAGAAUGCAAUCUCGACUGGAGGGCCCAGAUAAGAUCGAAGAUGUGGCCCCAUUUUCUCUCAUAUCCAGUGCAACCCGGGAAGAAAUUGUCCAGACAUCCAUCGGCGCGAAUGACGGGGGAACUUCCGAGAUCGAGGACAUCUACCCCUGCACACCUUUCCAGGAGUCCCUUCUGGCGCUGUCCGCGACGAGAAAAGGCGCUGUCGCUGAACGGUUCUCUGUUGGACUACUAUCAGAUGUUUCGCUACCUCGGUUCCGCCAGGCCUGGGACUCGGUGGUUCAGGCGAAUCCGAUUCUGCGCACGACUUUCGCCACUGAUAGCGAAAACAAGACCUUCCAGCUGGUUCACUCCAAAGGACCGAGGUGGACAGAAGAUGGAUAUGUCAAACUCCCGGAAAUGGGACCAGGACAGUCAAUGAUAGCCUUUGGCUUGGAAACUGACCCAGAUAGCUCGACAUCUGGAAGCGUUCGCUUUGUGCUCGCCAUGCACCACGCUCUUUAUGAUGGGUGGUCCUAUUCUUCCCUUCUCGAUCAGAUUGAAGACGCCUAUUGCGGUCAUUCAACCCGAACUGCUCCGUUCAACCGGUUUGUUCAGCACGUAACAUCACUCGAUCCCGAUGUUGCCAACGGCUACUGGAAAAGCCAAAUGGCAGGCUAUGAUUCAAUGCCCUAUCCACCUCGCUCAUCAACGACAUCUGGUCAAUGUCCAAGCUCAUAUGUAGAGGAUCGCAUCGCUAUCCGCUCCAUCCAAGGAAUAACAAAGGCAUCUUUCAUCAAUGUAGGGUGGGCUAUGGUUCUGUCUCAGCUCACCGAUUGCGACGACAUCGUAUUUGGGUGCACGGCAACAGGGAGGGAUGUCCCGGUCGAGGACAUCGAAGUGCUCAAUGGACCAGUUGUGGCGGUUGUUCCUCUGCGCAUUCAACUUCGCCAGGACGAUAUCGCGAUAGACGCGUUGAAGCGGGCCCAACUACAGACAGCUGACAUGGCACAAUUUCAGCACUGGGGGACUCAGAACAUUCGAAAAGUCAGCCGCGAAACCGACGCAGCUUGUCAAUUCCAAAACCUUGUCGUCACCCACACUCCGGCCGAUGAUCGUGCGCAGUCUCAAGUUUUCACAACGGUUGGUGAUACAGACAAGGAUAACGCCGAGUUCUACACCCAGCCCCUUGUGCUUGUAUGCUUCCAAUUCUCCGAUCAUAUCGAUGCCCGCCUCCGAUUCGAUCCUGGAACUAUAACCCCAGGACAGGCCGAGGCCAUUCUGAACCAGUUCACACAUGUUCUUUUAUCCUUGCAGGCCAACCCCCACAAACGCCUAGCGGACCUUCCGUCAAUCACCCAACGCGACAUGGAGAAGCUCAGUGCCUGGAGCUCCCCGGGUCCGAUUCAAACAAAGCAGUGUGUUCAUCACCUCAUCGAGGAGAUAUCGCAGAAAAGUCCGGAACGUCCAGCAGUUUGCUCCUGGGACGGUUCGUUCACGUAUCGCGAUCUUGAUGAGCAGGCUUCACGGCUCGCCCGACAUCUGGCUGAGCAAAAUGUUGGCCCUGAAACCUUUGUCCCCAUUUGCCUGGAACGGUCUCGUUGGGUGGCAGUGGCUGUUCUUGGAGUUAUGAAAGCCGGGGGAGCGUUUGUUCUCCUGGAGCCUUCUCAGCCCAUGCAGCGGCUUCAUAGUAUAUGCACGCAACUUGAUGCCAAGGUCGCUAUAUCAUCGCGCCAAGGGGUCCCCAGUUGUUCAGCCUUACCAGCCUCGAUUGUCAGUAUUAGCAACGACGAGACUGAAUGGCAGUGCCAAACUGCCGUGGAAAAGAAGCCUGUGGUUCAAGCAGUGCCGAGUAACGCUUUAUAUGCCGUGUUCACCUCCGGAUCGACCGGGAAGCCAAAGGGGGUGGUGGUCCAGCAUUCAGCUUACAGCUCCUUGUUACAGCCCCUGCUAUCCCAGACGGGGAUUUCGAAAGAAACCCGGUAUCUUCACUUCUCGUCGUUUGCAUUUGAUGCUGCCAUAACAGAUCUACUGUCUCCCUUGGCCGCCGGGGGCUGUCUAUGCCUUCCUUCGACCAACGAACGGAGCAACGAUCUAGCUGGAGCAGCAAGGCGAAUGGGAACUUGCACGGUGGCCUUGACUCCAUCCAUUCUUCGAGAACUCGAUCCCGACGACUAUCCCACCCUUAAACUAGUCUUCAUUGGAGGGGAAGCCGCCUCGGCUUCGGAUAUAGCCAAAUGGAGUCAAAAGAAGCGUAUUGUCAAUGUCUAUGGCCCGGCUGAAUGCUCUGAUAUUUCCACGCUUCAGCCAGACAUGACGCCCCAGACUGGGGGUAAUGACAUUGGUCAUCCAUUGGCGAGUGAUUGCUGGGUUGUUCGACCAUCAAAACCCAACCAACUCAUGCCAAUCGGAUUCGUGGGCGAGCUGCUCAUCGGUGGACCAAAGCUCAGCCGGGGCUACUUGAAUAACCCCGAAGAGACUGCCCGGGCAUUCAUCAACGACCCUCCUUCAUGGCUACAUUCCUUCCGGGACCCAGCCACUUCGCCCAUGAGACUUUACAAAACCGGGGACCUGGUUUGGUAUCAUACCGAUGGCUCUCUCCGCUUUGUCGGCCGGAAGGACACUCAGAUUAAGCUCCGCGGACAGCGUAUUGAGCCUGGUGAGAUUGAAGCUGCUAUCCACAGAUUGCUGCCAGUUGGGUCUCACGUUGCCGUGGAUGUGAUCACAAGGGGACAGGGCCGAUCUACUGCAGCACUUGCGGCUUUCAUUGCAAUACCACCUGCUGUCGAUGAAGAAGCCUUAGAACCGUCGUCAGCGGAGGAAAAUCUGUUCGUCAUGCCUAAUCCCUUGCUUCAAGGCACCCUGGCUCGGAUAAACCAGACAUUAGCCCGGGAAUUACCCAAGUUCAUGGUCCCAGCAAGAUACUUUCUGUUGGACCAAAUGCCCCUGACGGUCUCGGAGAAGCUGGAUCGUCGUUUGCUGAAACAGCGGGCACAGGCUCUUUCCGAGGAAGAGCUGCGCAGGUUGACCACCAACACCCCAUCCACUACGAGACGACUUCCUGCCAAUAUAUCAGAGGAACUGCUCUUCCGGGCAUGUGCCAAAGUACUCGGUCGGAGUGCCGAUUCCAUUGGACUCGACGAUUCAUUCUUCGAUCUUGGGGGUGACUCUAUCCUUGCCAUCAGCUUCACACAAGAAGCCCGGAAGCACGGCCUUAGGUUCAAGGUGUUUGAUAUCUUCAGGCUGCCCAAGCUGUCCGACCUUGCGUCCAACGCGACCCUCUAUCAUAAUGUUAAGAUGUCGAUCGGCAGCUCAUCAUACUUUGGGUUCUCAAAUGAACAGGACCUGCGCCACGCGGUUUCUGGACCUCAGGUUCCCCUCGAUAAAAUCUCCAAGCUCCUUGCUGCUACAGAAGCCCAGGUCGCAGGGCUUCAUGAUCCGCUUCAUCAUCUGAACUUCCACAUCACUGGUCCGCUAGACUCAAGCCGAUUAGAGACGGCUUGCCAAAAGCUGGUUGACCGGCACGAAAUCCUACGGGUGGUAUUCCAGCGAGUUCACGACCAAGUGUCCCAGGUGAUACUGAGAAGCAUCGAUGCGCCCGUUCGUCGGCUAGACUGUCGAACAGGUUCAUUGGCAGAGUGCGUGUCCAGUGUCUGUAGCGAAGACGAUCUCCCGCUGCCUGCAUUCGGUGCUCCGAUCACCAAGUUCACGCUCGUCCAUGGGCCCUCCGAUGAACAAGUCCUCAUCAUCCGGCUCUCUCCUGCCCAAUACGCUGGAAAUUCAUUCCCCCUUCUGACAAAGGAGUUGAAGACAUUCUAUGAAAACGACGAACUCCCGGCACCCGUCCCGUUCUCCGGCCUCGUUGAUCACUGGUUCCGGCAGAGGAGCAACCCAGACGCUCUUCGAUUUUGGAAAACCCGUCUUCAGGGUGCCAAGAUGACCUUGCUCCCCGAGCAGACCUCGCAGAUCGAUGGUCAUGGACGGGAGAGCGAAAAGUUUGUUACAUCCGAGGAGUAUGCGCGAGCUCUUCCCAUUGAGGAUGUUACUCUGGCCACAAUCGUCAAGGCUGCCUGGAUCAUUGUCCUGGGUUCUCGGACCCGGGAAACAGACCUCACUUUUGGAGUGGUCUGUAGCGGUCGCGAUGGAAAACACUCCGACGUCCUCGGCUGCUGCAGGAAUCUGCUUCCGCACCGGACCAUCGUCGAUCGGGACUGGACAGUCCGAGAGCUUCUCUCAAUCGUACAGAAAUGGGCCGUAGAAUCCAUACCCUUCGACUACUUGCAAAUGGCGGAUAUUGCUGAGGGUCAAGAACAGUUUGGUAGCGUCCUGUAUGUCCAGGAUACUAAGCCCAACCAUGAAAUUGAUAUCGAUGGCAUGGUCUGUAGAGCUGAGCAGCUGGCUCCACCGCCAACGAGACCUUAUCUGACUGUGGAAGUCAUACCGCACGAGUCUCACCUGUUGUCUCUCAGACUAACGGCGCCAGAGAAUGUUUUGACAAAACAGAGGAGCCAGGCGAUGAUCGGGGAGCUUGCAAAAACACUCAAGGCGUUGAGAUCUUCGCUAGGCCAACGACUCAGUGAGUUUGAUUUAUCGGUCAGCGAACACUAGCCUUGGUAAAUCGAUCGAGGCGUUGGUAUUUGGCACUCUUCAUCAUUAUAUCGUCUUCUAUAUUAUGAUUCAGAGAAAAUCUAUGUUCUUCAAUUCCCAGCUUAGAAUUAGAGGGUGUU